CCGUGGAGCAUAUAUUGCGAUAGUGUGGGCAGUAUCAGAGGGAAAGAGUGAUGCUGAGAUCUAGUAUGAGGGACAAGGGGAUACAGGAAAUUAGUUUACAGUAUAUUGAGUUGAACGUCAUUCGAUAUAGUCUCAAAUAUUUUGUUAUAUUUUUUAAGAGCAACAGGGCUGGCAGGUACGAUUUAGUUUUUCCCGUCUCGAACCCACACUCCAGUACAGUAGGUGGCGGUAAUGCACCAUAACGUUGGAUGCCAACUGCCGGUAAAUCCCACCGAAGAAGAAGACGACGCGAGACUCUUCCCCUCUCUCCCUUCCAGAAAAUUCAGCGUGACUGACGUUUCGUGUCUCUAUAAACUUAAAAAUGCGUUACGUGGCCGCUUACCUCCUGGCUGUGCUCGGUGGCAACACCAGCCCCUCCUCAAAGGACAUCAAGACCAUCCUGGGGAGUGUUGGAAUCGAGGCCGAAGCUGAGCGCCUAGACAAGGUUGUCAAUGAAUUAAAUGGAAAAGACAUCAACGAAAUCAUGAACGCUGGCCUCUCUAAGUUGGCCUCCGUGCCAGCAGGUAGUGCUGUGGCAGCUCCUGCAGCUGGUGCUGUAGCUGGCACUGCUCCUGUUGCUGCGGAAGAGAAAAAGGAGGAGAAGAAAGAGGAAUCUGAAGAGGGAUCUGAUGACGACAUGGGAUUCGGCCUCUUUGAUUAAUUUUUCUUCCGUGAGAAGUGAAAAACAAUAAAUUUUGAAAUUGUUACCAGAAAUCCAUCGUUUCUUUUUUAUUUAUAUAUAUAUACACACACACACACACACACAACUGUCCAGUAUUGUAGGAAUGUUAAAGUUACAAUGACAAACACUGUAGCCAGCAGCCUACUAAAAUAUUGACCGUUGCCUGAGACAAACUUAAAGUCUGGCAGAACAAUGGUGUUUAUUUUGAGUACCGAACUGCAUAUUUUUUUGUGGCAGUUAGAAUUUGCCGGUCCUGCAAGAAAAGGGGAAACCUUGUUGGAUUAUAAGAUAUGAAGAACUGGAAACACCUAGGAGACCUGAAUUUCACAGCUGGCAUGGGUUUUCUGUUUUUCAACCUUGAUUCAUUGAAUUAACAUGUUUUACUGUGGACACAGAAUUGUUUAGAAUCAGCAAGUAAAAUGUGUGAUUUUUUUAAAUUUUACUUAACUGGUAGAAUAUAUUUUGUUUACUUGGUGUCUAACUACUGCAAAUAUUUACUGAAAUUACACCAAUAUGUUUUUUUAAAUCUACAUAUGCGCAACUACAUCCCUAGUUCUAAGAAUAACACAUUUGUUGGUGUGCUGCAUACUGCACCAUGCAGAAGUUCCGAUCUGACUAUUCUACCUCUUAUUUGUUGCUGUGUUUGGCACUUUUACCAAUAUCCAAGGGGUGGAGAGAAAUUGGUUACUGCCAUUCAUGACACAAUGGUGACAUCUUGUGGAUAAAUGUAAUAUGAUUUGAUGUAAUCAAUGUUCUGUUUCUAAAAUGUCACAGACUGCAAAUAAACUUUUCCUGAAUAUCUA